UGGAAACGCCGUUAAUUGCGUGCUAGGUGGGACGCGUCGAGGACACGCCAUCAAUUCACACCCUCCCCCUCCCACCGCUCCUCUUCAAAACCUUCAAACCCCCAUUGCCUCAUUUCUCUCUAUCAUACUCUCUCUCUCUCUCUCGAUUACAGAGAUCUGAGACUGAUUCUGAUCUUGGAAGGACUCAGAUUCGGAGGAGUAAUUUAGUUUCUGUCGUCUUCGGAAUUUCAGGGUUGUUUUGUGAUCGGAUGUCGUCCACGGCCUCCUACUGGUGUUACCGUUGCACCCGCUUCGUUAGGGUUUGGCCCCAGGACGCUGUCGUCUGUCCUUACUGUGACGGCGGCUUCGUGGAGGAGAUCGACUCCGCGCCUCGCUCCGAAACUAAUCCCCACCGUCGGUUUCCCCCCUACGCGAUGGGGAGCAGCCGGCCGGACUUCGGUCAGGACUCGGAUCCGGGGUUCCGACGCCGCAGGAGGAACGCUGGCGACCGAUCGCCGUUCAAUCCUGUGAUAGUCCUCCGUGGCCCGGCGGACGGAGAAGCUGGAGGCGCCGGUGGCGGCGAGACGGCAACCAGUAGUUUCGAAUUGUACUACGACGACGGGUCUGGGUCCGGUCUCCGGCCUCUUCCGCCGACGAUUUCGGAGUUCCUGAUGGGAUCCGGGUUUGACCGGUUACUGGAUCAGCUCGCGCAGGUCGAAAUCAACGGGUUCGGGCGCGCCGAGAACCCGCCGGCGUCGAAGGCCGCCGUGGAGUCGAUGCCGACAGUCGAGAUCGUCUGUAAUCACAUAGUCAGCGAAUCACACUGCGCUGUUUGCAAAGAGCCGUUCGAGCUCGGCACCGAGGCUCGCGAGAUGCCCUGUAAGCACAUCUAUCAUCAGGACUGCAUCCUCCCGUGGCUUUCUCUUCGCAAUUCCUGCCCGGUUUGCCGGCACGAGCUGCCGACAGACAUCCCAGGAGGCGGAAGAGCUUCGCCGGAAUCUGCACAAUCUCCGGCGAAUACAGAGCAAGAGACCGUGGGGCUGACUAUCUGGAGGCUACCCGGUGGUGGAUUUGCUGUAGGUAGGUUUUCUGGGGGUAGAAGAGCCAGCGAGCGCGAGCUUCCUGUUGUCUACACAGAAAUGGACGGCGGAUUCAAUACCAGUGGCGCUCCGAGGAGGAUAUCGUGGGCGUCGAGCAGAAACAGAUCGAGGGAGAGUGGCCGAUUUCGCAGAGUUUUCCGUAACGUGUUCUCAUUUAUAGGGCGGCUGAGGUCGUCGUCUUCAUCAUCCUCACGUUCUAGUACAGAAUCUGAUUCUUCUGUAAGUAGAAGCAAUAGUCAACCAAGUUCAGUUUUGUUCGGUAGACACUCGCGCAGGCAUAGCAGAGCCUGGGUUUUGGACGAUUAGGGAGGAAAUGGCAGAUGGUGAUGAUUACUGGGAAACAACAAAAAGAAGAACAAUUUGUGCCUUUUCCCGGCGGAUGAAAUUUUCUGAGAAGGCAAACAAACAGGGGUUCCCCCACUUCCCCCUCCCAUCCCCAACUCAUAUAUACAUAAUUCUUCUUCUGUAAAUAUAAUGCAACCGUCAAGAAAGAAAUUCACUUCAGUAUAAGAUUUAUUGAUGAUAGGAUCUGUCGAAUCGGAGUUUCUUCAUGGGAUAAGUUUCUUUCUUCUUGGUCCUUCUGAACCCAGAAGAGGAAGAAGACGAUCAAUAGUGGGGAAAUUGGAGAACAGGGACGCAGAUUCUUCUCAAAGAAAAUGGAAAUUGAUUGACAGAUUCCGAGCGCGAAGGCUUUGAGUUCAUGUUUUUUUAAUUUCCUCACAUUGCAUAAUUUCUUGUAAGCUUCAAUUUAUUUCUUUCUUUUAAAAUCAUCAUCAAUGAAUGCCAGAAAGUUUUGGUUGAA